GCAUAUUCGGGCACGCGUUGCAGCGGAGUAGUCAUAUCGUUUUCAUUUUUAGUGUUUACAGCUCGGUAUUUUAUUAGUGAAAUUGAUUAUAAAAAUGCAAUUUACCUUCCUGCUGCUAGCGUUCAUCGCGCUGGCAUCAUCGGUAGCAGGAACUAAACUCAAUUACCCCCGUGUUUUGCUACCGAUCUUCGACCACAUUUCGGUGAACUUUACUCUGGACGUUGUGGAGAAGGGAUGCUUCAAAUGGACGUCCUCUCGGUUGGACCUAAUUCAAAUCACACCGGCAUAUGAUGAUUCGAAUGAUGAUUGUUCUUACCGAGUGGUGGUGACAGUAAUAAACAAAGAAAAGCGUCGGAAUACGGCUAUUGUUCUGGCGGAGGAUCUCGUCACUGGGGAAGUACUUCGUUGUGACGUGAUUCUGGAUGUAAUCGAUCAGCUGGGAGUGUUGACAACGACACGAGAGCUGUAUCUGGAAGAAGCACCGGAAACGUUUGAACUAUGGGCUCUGGAUGCGCAAGGAAACGCAUUUACUACCUUGGAGGGAAUCGAAUUCAACUGGCAGUUGGCUUCUCAUCGAGCAGUUGAUUUGCGGCAGGGUGAACCGGACAGUGCUUGGAGUCAAGUGUUGAGAUUUCUAACGUUUGCGGAAAGUAAAUUCCAUGUGGUUCCCAAAGCGGUGGAAAAGCUGGAACAGGCUGGUGGUCAGGGUUACAUGGUACUGCUCGAGGGGAUUAACACCGGUUCGGCACGUGUGACGGCUAAGCUGCCCUACGCGGAGUACAGUCACGUGUCGCCGGUCGAGGUUAACAUUAUGGUUUUGGCUAAUCUGAUUUUGGACCCUAGCGAUGUGUACAUCAUGUCAGGGGAUACCGUGAGCUUCAAGGUGCUGCAGUUGAAGCAGGGGAAACUGCAUGAAAUAUUACUAAACAAUCAGUAUUAUUUGGAAAUGGAAGAUAAGACUCUGGCCAGUAUCAAAGGAAACGAGGCGAAAGGUCUAAAGUUAGGGCGAACCUUUGUUUUGCUGCGUGAUCGUAAUGUCCCACACGAUCUUUCCGCGGACGAUCAGUCGUCUAAGGCGUUGCUCCCAAAAGCUUCGAUAACUGUUGCAGAACCCAAGCGGUUGGCUAUAAAUUUACUUCCGCACUACAACUGGAUAACGGUUGAGGGCGAAAACCAUGACAUUGCCUUGGAAUUGUUCACUGCGGACGAUCAUCAGCUGACGCUCGGUCCGAGGUACGAGAUUAGGUCCAGCUUUGACGAGACGCUGUUUUACCCGAUUCGGCGAACGAAAAAUGGAAGUCGCAUCGCUGGAGAGACGUUGACAAGCGGCAGAAGUCCCGUUAGCGGGGAAUUUGAUAAGCUAACGGCCAAAGCCGAAUUGAUCGUCUACAAGCGUUUGGCAAUCAACCCACCGGAAGUGAUAAUCCCGUACGACCCAGCUCUCCGCCGGCAAAAGAUUCAAUUUUCCGCAUCCGGUGGUGAUGGAUCGUAUCUUUGGACCAGCUUGGAUAGUUCUCUGUUGUCCGUCAGCCAAACUGGUCUGGCUGAAACGCGCCUGGAUAACGUCAAGGGAGGUAUCGUGUCGUUCGGGGAUGGUGAAGCGACUACUGCCUCGAAGGUGACUCAGGUUCGAGUAGCGUUGGCACGGAAUAAUAAAAUCUCGGUCGCAGCGCAAGUUGUGUUUCUGGCACCGAUCAAACUUGAAGUGGUUCGGUAUAACUUUGAAACCGUGCUGAAAGACUACGUUCAGGUUCAUGUGGCACUUUGGGCUAAGCACGAUGGAACCCAGAAAGCAUUUACUUCCUGUGAGAAUUUGAAUUUUGAGCUGGAAUUUAGCAAUCAGAUCUUUCAGUUGGAUGCGAGCAAAAAGAAUCCGAAGGAUGUCCUGGCUGAUAAGGCAUGUCGGUUAAUUUAUCUGAAGGCAACAGCUGUCGGACAGACCAAUUUGAAGGUGACUUACCGAUAUUUCGACAAAGUUUUACACGAUCAAAUAAGCUUGAACGUUUUCGAAGACUUGGCAAUCUUGAAUCCCAUUGAAAAUGAGGUUGUUCUUCCGAUUGGCGCUACGAGAAAUUUGUUCUACCAUAAUGGACCGGAAAGGAUCUACAAUUCGGAAGCGGAGUUGCAGAAACGCGUGGUUGUCGAUCAAAAGAAUCUGGAAGUCGUUAGUGUUGGAAGCGGUUUUUCACAAGAUAAGCAUAUUUUGAGAGUGCUCUGCAAGAAGGUAGGCGAUUACGAGUUGAAACUGGAGGUGUUCAACAUUUUGAAUGCUCCGAAUGUAAUCCCGUACGUGACGGAAUUUGUGACAAAAGUAUAUUGCGUGAAACCGCGUUUUGUAAACUUGUUUACAACGGAAAAGGUAAAAACCAGCUGCCCGCUCGAAAGGCGAAAUUCUAUGAUGCACGUCAAGUCGGACAGCGACCAGCUGGUUGUUGAUAUCGAGGUACUAGAUGUUCACAAUCGGAAACUGGCAAACAUAUCGUCGCUUCUGCUCGAAUGGCAGUUCACACUGGCUGACCGUGACUACCUAACGGAUCAGAUAUCUUACGAACAGAAAUCGGAAACUGACAUCUUCGAAGGUCUGGAAAUUCCCAAACGAGAUUUUCUACUGACGACGCUUCCCGAGGUGGGAGCAAACUUCAAAAUUAAAACAACUGUGACUCAAUAUCGAGCCGAAAUUUUGAAGCAGCACUCAAUCAAACCGGAGUCGCCACACUUUGGUGUUCAGAAAGCCACUGACGGUCCGCUCGUUAAGCCAGUGAUUGAAAAUGAACUCAAUUUUCUGUCGGUUAACAAAACGCUUCUGCCCUACGAGCGCAUCACUUUGUUCCUAUCUCGUAGCAACGUGGAGCGUAUCAAAAUUGCACAAGGCAGCGGAUUUUACGAUAUAAAAACUUCCGAUACGGGGCUGGUAGCCGUUGAGUACGACGACGCUACUCGUCAGUUGCUCAUCACACCGAAACGGGUCGGGGAAGUGAAGCUGGAGAUUACCGACCAGUGUUUGAGUACGGAAUCGAGUUACUUGUACAUUUCAGUGGUCACUAUCGGUAGCAUAACGCUACACGCUCCGGAUCGGGUGGAGAAGACUAGGACCAUCGAGGCGAUUGCGCGGAUCUACGAUAGUAAUGAUCGGCUGCUGCAUUUGCAGGCUGGAAGUCUGGAGAUCUACGAGCUGGAUCAGGUGGUGUACAAUCCGAAUGUGCUGAGUGUGGCACUCGGAAGUCAGGCUGGACUGGGCGUUGGAGAAGUUCGAUUUUUAGUAACUGGAACGGAACUGGGUGAAACAAAGAUUGCUGUCAGUUCUGGUACCGGUGAUAGGCAGGUUUCGAGUUCUCCGGUGCCGAUUCAGGUCUUCCCGCCGCUAACGCUAUUCCCACGCAAUGCCACCAUCAUCGUGGGCAGCACCCUGCAGAUCUACUCCAAAGGAGGCCCUUCGCCCGAUUCCAACCUCGUGUACCGCAUUGAACACCAGGACAUCAUCGGAAUCGAUUCCGGUUUGGUAUCCGGUUUGAAGGUGGGCCACUCCAAAGUCGUCGGUCGGUAUGUGGCCACCAAUCCAUCAACCGGGGCGGAGAUCAUACUUUCGGAGGAUACCGUUCACGUUCACGUCGUUCCGCUAGGAGCCAUUGAAAUCCGGGUGCCGUUGAGUCGGAUUCGAACCGGUGCCGUCAUGCCGGCGCAUGUUUGGGGUGUGCCAGGAAUUUCCCCGCUGGUGCUGGGAACACUGGAAACGGUUAAAAUUUUCUGGAGCACGGAUCACGAAGAUGUACUGGAUGUGAAGGGAGUCUUUCGUGAGGCAGGUGUUGAGUAUCAUGCAAAGGAUGCAAUUGGGGUUCGUGUUAAAGCGUUGGCUCCCGGAAAGGCUACCUUGCAUGUUACGCUCGUAAGCGCUAACGGAGUGAGGCGUACUGCUCGUAGUGAAGUUACAGUAUUUCAACUGCUGGAACUCGAGUCGCCAAAAGUGAUUCGGUAUGACUCGAUUCUAAUCCCACCCAGGACCAGCAUUCAAUUGAAAGCAAACUUGGAGGAUGCUGUUUAUCAGCUGGAGGAGGGAAGUAGCUCCGUUGUUAAAGUUUCCAAGGAAGGAUUAGUCAAAAGUGGCGACGUCGUUGGCCGGGUUCAAGUCGCAGCCACUUCACUGGAUCAGUCACUGACGAUUCCGAUCGAGGUCAAAAACAUUCAUUACAUUCUAACUUCUCUUGCCUUUUCGAACGUAAAAUUGAAGCAAGUGGACAACGUGAUUCCGCAAGGAUUGAAUUUAAAAUUGAAAGUAUCACUACACGACAAUUUAGGAAACGAAUUUAGUCACGGAUUCGAGGAUGUUACUGCGCUCAAGCAUAAGCUUUCCAAAAAGGGUAACGUUCUGAUCACCACUGGAACGAACUUUUCCGUUGUGUUGGAUUUGGUUCGUGAGACUUCCGACAUGCUAGUAAUAUCUUUAAAAGAUAAAACGGGCGUCAAAUAUGGAGAGGAUUAUUUGAAACUGGUGGUGGGAGAAACCACUGCUAUAUUUCCGGAGAGGAGCGUUUUUUCAGUUGGCGAUAUAGUCUGUUUUGAAUCUCCAUUGCUUGGAUCGGUAGCAGAUUGGCACAGUUCCGACGACAGUUUGGUUCAAAUCGAUGCUACCAGUGGGUUGGCUCGAAUUGUUGGAACACACCGGGCAGGGGAAGGAAAGGUUUAUAUUAGCCAUGUGGAUCGACAGUCGGGAGGUCUACGUAUUGGUGUUGACAUUUUGGAAGCAGAUCGAAUCGAAUUCUUUAAAUCUUACGACAUUUUUAACGGACAGCAUUAUCGUGCUCAUUUGGUGAUUAAAAAUCAUCUUCAGGUUGAUAAAUUUGUUAACGUGAUCGCACAAAACGUUUCAAUUUGCGCCGAACGCAUACAGCAAGCGUUUUCUAAUCUGUUCAGCUGUAAGCUGACGGCUAAGCAGAAUCCCUCGUCAGGAAUUCUUAAACAUUUCAAAACCGUUCCAAGUUUUGAUCGUUCCAUCGGAGCUUACGUCUGCGACAUCAAUCUUGUAACCAGUAUUGAAGAAGUUACCAAUUUGGUGAAAAACAACGAAAUCAAUAUCGAAUUAGAAGCUCGUCUGCAAGAUAGUUCCCUCUCGGACACGUCAACCUUGAAAAUAGUACCGGCUGUUAUUGUAGAACCGGAAGCCAUUUCGAUCGAGCAAAUCGGAACGCAAAUUGUGACCGUCAGCGGCAUGGAUAAGGUUCUGCAAAAGCUCGAAGUCACUCCGUCUAAUCCGUCGAUGCUGGAGGUAACGAUGAUUCAGAAGGGACCCGCUUCGAUUCAGUACAAACUUCGUCUGCUCAGUUCCUACUCGUUGGAAACCAGCGACGACUUGUUUGUCAAUGUGAAUUCACCACUGACACUGCAGAAGAUUAAGAUUCCGAUUCAGUCUCCGCUGGUUAUGCGGAAAUGUGCUAGUCAACCGUUGUAUAACGUGCCAAACCUGUUCCUUAAUUACGUCAGUAACUUUGGGUUGCUGAUUUCGGCCCUGAUCGUGCUGGCCGCUACAGUCUGGGUGUUUGUGUUCUGCUUCCCGCAACGGCAGAAAACAGUUGAUCCCAACGCAACACUUCUAUUUUCGCCGUUCAGAAACGAAAAUAGUCAUGCAGCGAUCGGUCGGAAUUGGAAUAUAUUCGCUAGUCCAAGCAUGCAGUCCUCCCAGGCAUCGCCAUACGUUGGUUCCGGCAAUCUAAGUCAUAAUACUUCGCCGCUGUCUUCCUCGGACUUCAACAGUAGCGCGAGUAGCAGCCCACCGGGGUCACCGAUCUACGGUGACAGUACGCUCUUAUCGCCCCAGAAGCGCAUUCAUCGACGACAGCUGUGAACUGGGAGUACGGUGGUUUGAAAGCCUGUAUAUUCUGAUUGAGUCAACGAAUUUUCAUCUAUCUCAAUCACCUAGUCUAUAGACUGUACGAGAUUGUCAGGGUAAGUAUGUAAGUAUGUAUGAAUGUCUGUUGGCGCAUUUGUAAGUGAUAUGACGCUGUUUUGAGACAUUUGAAACGAUCUUAUAAUUAUUUCGUGUAAAUUCAAAAGUGCAAGGGUGACGAAUAUUUACGUACAAGAACAGUCCUAUAAUUUCACACUUAAGAAAGCUAUUUGCUACAGACAAGAGAAGAUAUGGACGUUUCUUCUUUUCUUCAAGUUGAGCAGUACUGUCAGUUCUUUAGUUAACCGGAAGAGAAUUUUAUGUUGAGUUUUCAUUUUCGAAUCACAUUUGUCAUUCUUUAACCGACGGUUAAGUGUUAUUCAUCUCUACGUCUUCUUCAAAUUGAAAGUCCUUUGUUUGAGAAUAUCUGACGAGAAUUUUUGUUGAUGAUAUUCCCCUGAUAACAUGUUUUUGUAGCGAACAAAAUAAUACUAUCUUAAAGUGGCUUUGUCAACAUAAUGAAACAACUAGACCACGAACUGAAUUCUUAGAAUAAGAUUGUAGUAAGCGAUGUGUAAUGGUGAUGACGAAUAAAAUAAAAACAAGCACAUUUUCGACAUUUUCCUUGCUUUAUUGAACUAACAACGAGUGUGUUCUUUAGUUUUCCUAAGCAAGUUAGUCCUAACAUAAAAUCGGUUAAGGUAAUUAUAAGAUUUGUUUGUUAAUACAUAAAAGAACAAUUACGAAA